CAUACUCUCUCUCUCUCUCUCUAAAAUCGUUUGCAGCAGUAGAGAAACCAAUCGGAAUGGGGUCCCCACGCGAGGAGCACGUGUACAUGGCCAAACUGGCGGAGCAGGCCGAGCGCUACGAGGAGAUGGUGGAGUUCAUGGAGAAGGUCGUCGGCGCCGUUGACGGCGACGAGCUCUCCGUCGAGGAGCGCAACCUCCUCUCCGUCGCCUACAAAAACGUCAUCGGCGCUCGGCGCGCCUCCUGGCGCAUAAUCUCCUCCAUCGAGCAGAAGGAGGAGAGCCGCGGCAACGACACUCACGUCUCCUCCAUCAAAACCUACAGAUCUAAGAUCGAGUCCGAGCUCUCCUCCAUCUGCGACGGCAUACUCAACCUCCUCGACACCAAACUCAUCGGAUCCGCCGCUACCGGCGACUCCAAGGUCUUUUACUUGAAGAUGAAGGGCGAUUACCAUCGCUACUUGGCCGAAUUUAAGACUGGAUCCGAGCGCAAGGAUGCCGCUGAGAACACUCUCUCCGCUUACAAGUCUGCUCAGGAGAUUGCUAAUACCGAGCUUGCCCCAACACAUCCGAUCCGGCUUGGGCUAGCACUUAACUUCUCAGUCUUCUACUACGAGAUUCUCAAUUCCCCUGACCGAGCUUGUAAUCUCGCCAAACAGGCUUUUGAUGAGGCCAUUGCGGAGUUGGACACUCUAGGAGAAGAAUCAUACAAAGAUAGCACCUUGAUCAUGCAGCUUCUCCGCGACAACCUUACUUUGUGGACCUCGGACAUGCAUGAAGACGAAGAUAUCAAGGACGCAGCACCAAAGCCUGACAACGAAUAGCUGCAUUCGGGUCCUGUAUCUGGGUGUCUUGCUAUUGUCUCUAUAGUAGUCUUACAGUCUUCUUUGAAGCGACCCCUUCGCUUCAUGAUUCUUCGCCUUUCAUUUCCUUGCUAAACUCUGAUUAUGUAUGUGCCCAAUUUGCUUCUAUAAUUUGUGCCGAUUUCUCUUCU